UUCUUUUCUUCUGAGACUCAUCGUUUUUGUUCGUCAUAAAGCUCUACUUAAUUAUAUGAGGUGAUACGAAGGAGGUGACUACGAUAACGUAGAAGAAGGUGACUACGAUAACGUAGAAACUAAUGAUCAAGAAUAUUUAGGAUAUUAAAAAAAUAUAUAAUAUAAAAUAAAAAAAAUAAAAAAAGGGGCAUCAUAAAAAAUAAAAGACUUUGAAUAUUGGCCUAUGUAUAGGAAAUAUGUGUAUAAACAAAUCUCUCUCUCCAACGGCUACCAAAGGGAGAUGCUACUUUCGUUGACCAAAUACGUCAAGUCCGACCUCCGAACCCUCUCCUUCCUCCGCCACCCCCGCCUCUCCAUGCGCGAAGCCAAGCGAAUCCACGCCCACCUCCUCGUCACCGGCACCAUCUCCGACCCCUACGUCGCCGGCAAGCUCGUCGCCUUCUGCGCCGUCUCCGACCGCGGCGACCUCGACUACGCGGGCCUCGUCUUCCGCUGCCUCCCCUGCCGCUCCGCGUUCCUCUGGAACACCAUGAUCCGAGCCCACGUCGAGAGGGGGCGUCCCGCCGACGCCCUCCGCCUUUAUUACCAGAUGUUUGCCGCCGGCUUCCUGCCCAACAACUACACCUUCUCGUUCCUGCUCCGCGCCUGCCUCGACCGCGAUUCCUUGUCGGACGGCCGCAAGUUCCACGCCAUGAUCGUAGGGCUGGGUUGGGAGUCGUACGAUUUCGUUCAGAACGGGCUGAUUCAUAUGUACUCUUAUUGCGGCUGCGUCGACUCCGCCCGCAAGCUGUUCGACUGUAGCUCCAACAGAGACGUCAUUUCGUGGACUGCGAUGCUGAGUGGGUACGCUAAGUUGGGAAAAUUGGAUGCUGCUCGCGAGCUGUUCGAUCGGAUGCCUGAAAGAAAUGCAGUUUCUUGGAGUGCUAUGAUCACUAUGUAUGCCCAAUUCGGGAGAUUCAAAGAAGCGCUGGAAGUCUUCAGCGAGAUGCAGCUUGCCAGGGUGCAGCCUAAUCAUGCGGGCAUCGUUGGUGCUCUGUCCGCCUGCGGUUCUCUCGGGGCUUUGGACCAGGGGAAGUGGAUUCAUGUGUUUGCAGAAAGGAAUGGAAUGGAGUUGGACAAAAUCCUAGGAACUGCAUUGAUCGAUAUGUAUGCCAAAUGUGGAUGUGUCAGUAAUGCCUUGGAAGUCUUUCAUUCGAUGCCCGAGAGAGAUGUGUAUGCAUACACAGCAAUGAUCUCAGGUUUAUCGAACAGUAGGCACAUCGAGGAGGCGAUGGAUCUAUUCAGCAGAAUGGAAGAGGAAGGAGUGAGGCCGAACGAGGUCACUUUUAUCUGUGUCCUAAGUGCAUGUGGACGAAUGGGUCUGGUAGACAGAGGGAGGGAGAUCUUUGAGAGUAUGGAGGGGGUCUACAAGAUCAAGCCUGGAGUAGAGCACCAUGGGUGCUUGGUGGAUCUCUUGGGCAGAGCAGGACUCAUCGAGGAAGCAAAGAAGGUGGUGAGAGAGAUGCCUAUGGAACCAGACUCAUAUGUGUUGGGUGCCUUGUUAAAUGCGUGUAGCAUGCAUGGAGAGGCAGAACUAGGGAGGGAAACUGUCGAGAGCUUAAAGAAGCUGGGCCUUGAUCACAGUGGAGUGCAUGUGUUGAUGUCAAACAUGUGUGCCUCAGCUGAUAGGUGGGAGGAUGUUGCUAGGGUGAGGAGGGAAAUGGAGAUGAGGAAGGUGAUGAAAGUGCCAGGUUGUAGCAUGAUUGAGGUCGAUGGUGUAGCUUGUGAAUUUAUUGCCGGAGACAGAUCUCACGCACAGAUGAAGGAAAUUUUGGUGGCGAUAAAGCGGAUCGACAUGCAACUUCGGUCUUUUGGUGAUGAUACUUUUGCGAUAGAAUUUGAACAGAAUCCUUAGAUCAUAGGAGUCAACUUCGGUCUUUUGGUGAUGAUACUUUUGCGAUAGAAUUUGAACAGAAUCCUUAGAUCAUAGGAGUUUACUGCUUGCAACUGUGUGGAGUUACACUGCCUCCUAUCGCCGGUGUUGAUUGAAGUUAAUAUCUGUCGCCUGCCGGUAAUUUCCAGGCAAAACUAAUUGUCAGUUGACUGAGGUGGCAUGUGGGAGUUGAAAGGUGGUGCUAAAGAGGAGAUAGCUGUGCAGCAGAUGCACAACCAGGAUCACAAACAAGAACUUUUAUUGACGGGGAUGACCUGAUGGAUGAUCUAACAAGUCUUGAUACAUAAAAUGGUUUUGUUUCAAGUGGUUGCAAGUUCAUGAGGACCAAUUUGUCGCAGUACCACGUCUGUGGAGGCAUGUGAAUCCCAUGGAUUACCAACCCAAUUUUGGGAAUGGUGUCAUCGAUCAAUCAAAAUCCGAAGAGUCGUUGCAGCAGCGUAAUUGCCUUGUCAGCUAAAAGAAACAUGUGUGGGGAAGAAGAAGAAGAAAAAGCCGCAUAGGAGUUCAUUCCCUGAGGAUUCCAGUCCAGAUGAUGGAAACUUCAUGGGGGGAUUCUGAGAGGAGGAAGAGAUCCAGCAGAGGGGCAAGAAGGUAUUACAUCCAUGAACACUGCUUAAUUGUUCUUCCUCAUUUGCCCCAUGGUUGGAACUCGGAUAUCUCUCGUUGGAGUUGCAUGCUUUGACCAUUGGAAAUAUAUCAAUUUUUGGAUGACAUAUAGUUAGUUCCUUAUGCUGUUUUUUUAAUAAAAUAAUUCUAGUGUUGUUUA